GAUGAUCGAGCGCGAAAGCCGUUCAGGUUUGGCGCGCGUUCGAACAUCGUGUUGAUGUGCCUAAAAAUCAAUAUGGCGGAUGAGCGGACUUUACCACAGACCUUCCCUUCUUUUCCGCCGCAUGUAGCGUGAUAAGAGCAUCUUAAAUCCACAGGGAGAUAUGCUCUUCCUUUGGAGUAGAUCAGCGCGAAUUCCUUGCAAGGUUUUCCCCCUUGUUACGGCGUAAAGGCUUGAAAUUAGCGUGUUAAAAUGAAUGAGCCUAAUGUUCCGAUCGCUACUUUGUCCGGCAUCACAAGUUUAACAAAUCUACUACCUCAACUUCCAUUGCCGUCACCGGUGUCAUCAAGUAGUAACAGAAGCCUUUUAGACAGUCCUAAAGAAGCUGACGAAGCGGUCAAAGUACUUAACGACAGCAGAAUCGACUCGAGUCUACUGCACAAGUUAGCCCAAGGUUUAAAAAACGCGAAAGCGAAUCAAGAUCAGCUGAUUUUGAAAGAUGAGUUUGAAAAGGUGCCAGAAUUAUUAAGCUCUUCAGAUGGUCCAAUUCUGCUUCAGAAACUUCUCCAACUCUAUCCAAAUGUCUUCAAGCAUGACAAGGACUCUACACAAGACAUCAUUGAUGAGUUCUUAGGUGGUAUAACAGCUCCUUUGAGCCAUCCUCCCAUUGUAUCCCCCCAAAUGUCACCCCAUCAAGUAGGGAUAACUGUGCAUGACUCACCUAUGUAUGCUGGUUCACCACCAAACCUUGGCCAUUCUACGUACAACCAGGCUAUGCAUGGAAGCCCUGUUCCUUUUGUUGGUAGUCCACAAAGAAACAUCCCUUUGGGGUAUGGACAAGUGCAGGCAUUAUCACCAAACAUUCCAAAAAGGCAGGGUCCAUUUGGCAGCCCAUCAACAAACAGUGGCUACAUGUCUCCCACUCUGGAGAACAUCCAUGCUCAAACCUUUUCUCCUGUCAAAACAAGAAGAAUGAGACAGAGCCUUUCAGAUACCAGCCCCAAUUGUGAUCCAUCUUUACAGCCAAACCAAGUUUCCCCUGAUACCACAAGAACAUUCAAUUUAUCUAUGGAAAGCAGCCACCAAAUGUUUGCUACAGGACCAACAUCAAGGAAAAAACCUUCUAGGAGUAAACACUCACCUGUAGAAAUGAUUGAUCUGAACAACCAGUACGGUAUUAGUCCGCCUGUGGUGGAUUGUCAAGAGAAUAUACCAAUCCAGACUUCAAAUGUGCCAUCACCAAUUGAAAUGGCACCAAUUAAGCCAGCUAGAAGGAGAUCAAAAUCUUCUACUCGAAAGUCUAUGGAGGAUUCUUUGCAAGCAAACAAUCAUGAAUGGACUAGUGAUCAACAUGAUCUUAACCAGACUGAAUGCUUAACCAUUGAAAAUGCACAGGGUUUCUCUGAAAAUAACACACAUAAAGUUCCAGAUAUGAUUGAUCUUAAUAAAUCAUUAGAGGGACUUGACAGCAAGUGUUCAAAUGUAUCUACUAGUCCACUAAAGAAGUUGCAGUUGUGCAUUCCAAAGCUUGUGAUCACAAAAGUGAAAGAGCGGAGAGGGUCUAAAGAGUUCGAAACUCACAGUGUACGGGCUGUUAUACCAGCUGGUGAAGACUCUGAAAGCACUAAGAAAAAAAGGCAUCAUUCAUUGAAUGAUAGCAAUAGUGACAUUGAAGCUCCCACAAAGAAGAAACGAAAGACAAAAGAGAAAAGAAAGCUGGAGGGGGAAUCAGGAGAUAUCGAAAGUCUACUGGAAUCAGUAACUUUCAGAAGAUUUGCCACUGCUUUAGAGAACCUGUUUGAGUUUGAUGAUGAGUGUGGUGUAGCCUACAUGGCAGAUGUUGAUGACGAAGAACCUGCUUCAGAAUCAUUAGCAACUAGGACAGAAAUAUCUGAAUUAUACACAGAAUCUGCAAAGCUCAAGUCUUUAGGCGUUAUUCACCAGAUUGCAACAGACCAAUUGUUCAGGUUGCUGUCAAUCAUGGAGCGCCAUGUAAGAGAUGGAAUGCUGCUCAAACUAAGCAAUGACCAGGAAGAAGAGGAUGAGCAGAAACUAUGGCGUGACCUUUGUCUGGAUCGAAUCAUCAGAUCUGUUGAGUCUUCAUUAGUGGUUCUUAAUAUUCUGACCUCACCAAACAUCCCCAAGCAGCUUUAUCUAGAAGAAGUAAUGGAUAGAAUCAUUAGGUUGAUCAAAUUCCACUUACAGAACAACAUCUUCCCUGAAUAUGAUCCAGUCUACAGGGACCCAGAUGCUAAAGAUAACUCCAUCUUUGUCCCAAAGUCAAAAAGAUCCAAAGCUUGUGCACCAAAGAUGAAGAUGCUAACUGUAUUCUAUAACAAAGUCUGUGAGCUGAUCUCUCAGCUAGGUGACCUUGUUGAUGUCCAAGCAUUGACAGACACUACCAUUCUACAGGUAUCUACACUUGGUGUGUCUCCAUUCUUUGUUGAGAACAUCAGUGACUUGCAGCACAGUUCCAUGAAGCUGGUGAGAUCUGUGUUCAGAAGAUACGUCAAGCACCGGGAUCUCAUUCUUGAGGAUAUCUUUGCUUCUUUGGCCAGGCUUCCAUCAAGCAAAAGAAACAUAAGAAGCUACAGGUUGAAUGAUGAAGAGUCCAUACAGAUGGUGACUGCACUUGUGCUGCAAUUGAUCCAGUGCUCUGUCAAGAUACCAGAGAAGGAAGAAGUGGAAGAAAACGCUGCAAAUGAUGGACAAGUUCAAGAAACUUCUGUGCAGAAUUACAAGGACAUCAUGAUUUGCAACUCUUAUGAAAACGCAUUGCGUACCGCACAGAACUUUAUCUCCAUGUUUUUGAAUAAGUGCAGCAGUGUUGGAAAAGAUGAGGAGGAUUACCGUCCACUCUUUGAGAACUUCCUACAAGACUUGUUGCUAACACUGAACAAGCCAGAAUGGCCAGCAGCAGAAGUUUUACUUACUCUGCUAGGAAAACUACUGAUUGUGACAUUCAACAAUAAGUCAGUGGAUGUUAGCUUACGAGUCUCUGCCAUUGACUACCUUGGUGUGGUUGCUGCACACUUGAGGAAGGAUGCUGUUGUCAGCCAGAAAGAAUCAGAGAAUAUCACAGAUUUGAUGAUUGAUUUGCUUGGUGAUACAUCAGAUGAAUCUGAAGAAGAAUACACUAAAUGGGAUGAGCGAUCAGCCAAGAGAAUGCAAGUGUUCCAGAAGGGUCUUGCCAACUACCUGACAGUGGAAGGCCAGAAUGACCCUGCUCUAUUGUUUGCCAAAAAGUUCUACAUAGCACAAUGGGUUCGAGACACCCAAGUUGACAUAGAGAGACUAAUGAGAGCACCCACAGACCUGCCAUCAGAUGGCCCUGAUCUGAACAGCAGCUUCAUGACUGGCAUUGAAAGCUUGCAGAAACUUGAAGAAGAGAAGAAACUCCUGCAUGAUCUCUUGGAUGACAGGCUUACGGAUAUAAGGUCUUCCCAUAACCAAAUCAGUCUUGAGAAAGCUCUGCUGAUGUCACGGUACCUUGGUUCAUCUAGAUCAUUUUCUAGAAGCUUCGACAACUACCUUGGACAGAUCCUGAGAAUUUUGAAUGAGAAUGUUGUUGCUAUUCGGACAAAGGCAAUGAAAGCUCUGUCAGCAGUAGUAUGUGCUGAUCCCUCAAUUCUCUCUAGGGAGGAUAUGCAGAAUGGUGUGCACAACAGACUUGUGGACAUGUCUACUAGUGUACGAGAGGCAGCGGUGGAGCUCAUUGGGAGGUUUGUGCUCAACAAGCCAGAGCUGAUUCAUCAGUACUACGAUAUGAUAAUCGAGAGGAUUCUGGACACAGGAAUCAGUGUACGCAAGAGAGUGAUCAAAAUCUUGAGAGACAUUUGCAUCAAUCAACCUGACUUUCCCAAAGUCACAGAGAUAUGUGUAAAAAUCAUCAGGAGGAUCAGUGAUGAAGAGGGGAUCAAGGAACUGGUAACCAAGGUGUUCCACCAGAUGUGGUUCACCCCAGAAAAGACGGCAGAUGAAGCUUAUUUGAAGCGUGUUGUACAAAUGACAGAAGUAGUGUCUGCUUGCGGUGAAAAUACUGACUGGUUUGAGCAGCUUCUGGAAAAUUUGCUCAAGAGUGAUGAAGAUGCAAUUGUUAAGUCGUCAGAGAAGGCCUGUCAACAGAUCGUGAGCUGCUUGGUAGAAAAUGUACUGAGACAAGAGGAAAAGCUUGCUGCCACACCUGAAGGUAGAGGGUCUAGCAGUCAAAAGCUGAUAGCAAGUUUGAGUGCAUUGUAUCUUAUUGCCAAAAUCAAGCCACAGCUAUUGGUUAACCAUGGAACAAUUCUCCAACCCUACCUCAGCACAAAGUGUAAUACCCAAGGGGACUUUCUGGUUAUCCACAAUGUUGCACGCAUUCUAGAACUUGUAGUCCCCCUCAUGGACCACCCAAGUGAGUCAUUCCUUGCCAGCCUAGAAGAAGAUCUGAUGAGGCUCACAGUAAAACAUGGUCAGACAGUGGUUCAAAGCUGUGUCAGCUGCUUAGGAGCUGUUGUUAACCGAGUCACCCAUAACUAUAAACUCGUCAAAGACUAUUUCCAGAAAUAUUAUGGAUUUCUUGUCAAGACUAAAUUGGAGCAUUCCAAGAAUGGAGCCUCAAAUGGACAGCUUCAAACUCAGAAACCCACGCUUCUUAGAUCCUUGUUCACACUUGGCCUGUUGUGCAAACACUUUGAUUUUGAGACCAGUAUGGAGCCAAAGAAUCAGCAGAUGACCACCAGGAACAAGGUAUUUGCAGUGUACAUCUACUUCAGUAAGCACAAUGAUGAGGAGGUGUGCCAAAAAGCCAUCAGCGGACUUGGGUUUUUCUGCAUGCGCUAUGCUGAGUUGCUUUUAAAAGACGAUGCAAAGCACUUGUACCAAGAGAUCCUCUCCUCAUCCAACACGUCAGUAAAGCUAAAGUGGCAGGUGCUAAAGAACUUCCAGACACAUCUUCUGGAGGAGGAACGCAGACUAAGAAUCCUAGACCACGAAUGGAAGAAACAGUCAGACAAGGAGAAUCUCAAGGAACUUGGAGACUCACAGUCAGGGCAAACUAGUGCAGUGAUGCAGGUGUACCUGAAGAACAUCCUGGACAUGUUUUUUCACAAGCAGGGGCAGCUACGGACAGCAGCACUUACUGUCAUUAAUCUGAUUCUCAGGCAAGGGCUGGUGCAUCCAGUUCAGUGUGUCCCCUACCUGAUAGCUGCUGGUACUGACACAGAGCCUCAGACAUGUUUAAAGGCAGACCAGCAGAUCACGGACAUCAACAACAAGUAUAGUGGCUUUGUGCAGAUGAAGGCACUUGCUGGAACAAAGAUGUCUUUUGAUUUGCAACAACUAAUUCAUCAGUCUUUAGGUGAGCCUAUCAGGGGCUUCAGGCAAGGGACCACCACUAGUCUGCUAUCACAUAUGUACUCUGUUGUACGCACCAGCAGGCAGCCCAGGAGGUCACUCUUGCAGGCAUUACUCAGGAUGUUCGAUGAUCCCAAGCAAAAAUCCAAGCUCGACCUUCUCCUGUAUGUCGCUGAUAACCUUGCCUAUUUCCCCUACGCUAUACAAGAGGAACCUUUGUUUCUCAUGCACAAGAUAGACACCAUGCUCUCAGUGGCAGGAGCGAACGUGCUGCAGUCAUUCAAAGAGGUGAUGUUACCACUACAACGCAAAGAGGACGAUGCUGAACCUUCAAAUAGUGUCUUGGAAGAGGAAGAGGACGAGACUGUACAAUCAGUGUCAGCUCGUAUUCCACCAGAUACUACAGCAUUCCAAGACCACUGCGUGGCACUCCAAAGCUGUCUCUUACUCCUUUUGCUCAAAGAACAUCUCAAGGAGCUUUUUGGCCUCUCUGACAGCAAAUGUCACAAGUACUCGCCAAGUGCACCUUCUAAAGCUUAUGACAAGACGGUCACCAGAAAACCUGGGAUUGUUUUCAACCCAGAACAGGUUGUGGAGUACGUGACAAAUCCGAAGCGUGAGCGCACAAAUGACGAGCUCGCCCACCAGUACUGUGAGUUCAAGAACAUGAUGAUGCAGCUGGACCCACCAGAUGAUGAUAGCGAGGACAGUGGCAGAGACAGUCCUGCCGUAGAUGCCCAACCGAUAACAGAUGCUGAGGGGAAUCCUAUCGCCAAGGCUCCCAUCCCUGUGAAGCCAAAGAAAAAACCUACAAAGGGAAGGAAAACGCCUCCUGUCGCAAAGGCCAAACCAAAGCCACGUAAAAAGAGACGGAAAAUAACGAUGGAAGAUGCGGAUAGUGACGAUGAAGUGGUGGCAGACCCAAGCUUUAAAUGUUGACACUCGCCAUAACUUAUAUAGACUUCAAUCAUUUCGAUCUCAUUGAUUUCAUGAAAUUUUAUUGUACAUUUGACCAGAGAGAAUUAAUUUUCCUACUUCAUCAAUUUUCUUUGAUAUGUUUUUAUCUUUGCGCAAACUCAAACAGGCGUGAAAAUACGUCCAUUCCUUCGGUUGAUUGUCAAUUUACAAGUCUAGUUUUUCAUUCACGACAACAGUGAUUUUAUCCUUGUUACCAGAGGAAAUCUCCAAUUUCUGGUACCCAGUGUAAAUGUAAUAUUCGUUGAAUUACCAUUAUCUAUUUAUUUUAGUUGUAGUUUACGGAUUUUGAGUAAACCCAAGUAACAUGGUAUCUCUCAUUGAAAUAUUAAUACAAAAGGCUUAAAUAGUCGUUACCGUAAACCAGAAGAAUAAAUACAAUGCACCAAAAUCUGGUAUUCAACUCUGAAGAAGUCUUAUUAAAGACGAAAAUUUGACAGAGUCGGAAAACAGUUUUUGGUGCAUUGUCAUUGAAAUAUUAAAUAUUGUUGCUUGACAAUUAAGCGUCUGUCGUUUAACAUUUAUCAGAAGGCUUGGUUAAGAAAGUCCAUUUUAUGAGGUUACAAUUUUAUAUGAGAAAUGUAAAUAAAUAAAUUAUAAUAUGAA